AUGUCUACAAUCAAAGUCGCGAUUGCCACCAACUCACUAGGCAAAUCUGCCGCCGGCCACUCAAUCCACCGGAAACUAGAAGCAGCCAAAUCCCAUGGUUUCGAUGGCGUAGAAGUUGCCUUCGAAUGCCUCGAUGCACAUGCUGCUACAUUCACCUCUCCCACGACGCGCAGCGAAAAGCUACGCGCAGCCGCUUCAGACGUCUAUUCAAAAGCGAACUCCAUUUCCCUUAGUCUUAUUGCAUUGAAUCCAUUCCGAGAUUACGAUGGUCUGAAAAGCACGGAAGAGGUUGAUGCACGAUUGCAAGAAGCUGAGCUAUGGUGCCAACUAUGCCAGAUUAUGCGAAUUCCAAUCUUUCAGAUCUGCUCAGCACUCUACCCUAUUGAUGAAUCUAGGAUUACGUCAGAUCCGAUCGUCAUCGCUGCCAAUAUGCGGAAACUCGGUCUUCUAGCCCAAAGAUACAAUCUCCGGGUUGGGUAUGAAGCUCCUGCGUGGGGUAUUCACAAGAACACUUGGCAGCAUAUUCAAGAAGUUAUUGAUAUAGUCAAUCUUCCCAAUGUGGGACAUUGCCUCGAUACAUUCCAUAUUGCAUCAAGAGAGGCUGGAGAUCCGUUUAAUGAGGCCUCGCCUGUUAGGAAGGAUGGUCAUAGCCGACUUCAGAAGAGCUUGGAUGAGUUGAAACGAACUGUUGACGCCAAGAAUAUUGUCUACCUGCAGCUCAGUGACGCCAUUGUGGCUGACCCGGAGCAGAAGGGCUAUCCUGUGAAAGAUUUGAAGCAACCUCCUUUUAUGACCCAGUCGAGGAACUGUCGGAUCUUUCCAUGCGAGGCGCAUCUUGGGGGUACUCUGCCCGCUGUUGAGGUGGCGAAGGCCAUUUUCGAUAUUGGGUAUAAUGGCUGGGUAUCAAUGGAGGUCUUCCAUACAGACAUGUUUGAAACACGAGCAUCGGUUCCGGAUGGCUGGGCGAAACGGGGUAUGGAAUCUUGGCGACAGGUUGUUGCUCGUUGUGCACUGAAUCAUCGAGCAAAGUUCUAA